CUCCACUAGGAAACUUCUUCGGCUCUCGGCGUGUAAACGGUUAAGCAGAGGCCGCGCCCUCCACGUCCUCCACCGUUACCGCGGCCCAAACGGCCGCACUGACCUUUGUACUGACAGCACGGAGAGAGCUGAGUGUGGAGAGAGAGAGAGAGAGAGAGAGAGAGAGGGAGAGAGAGAGAGAGAGGGAGAGAGAGAGAGAGAGAGGAGCGAGCUGGUCUGUGCUGUAGUUUGCUAACUGAGGGCCGUCAUGAACUUCCUCCUGGAGACGCUGAAGGUGCUCCUGCUCUCGCUCUGGUUCAGUCUGGAGGCGCUGUGGCGCACAGUCGUGCCCGCGCGCAGGAAGAGCGUUGCCGGGGAGACGGUGCUGCUGAGCGGCGCGGGCAGCGGGCUGGGCAGGCUGAUGGCGCUGGAGUUCGCGAGACUUGGCGCGAGAGUGGUGCUGUGGGACAUAAACGAGGAGGGCAACAGAGAGACAGCGACACUGAUCAGAGAAACGUACGGGACCCGCGCGCACUGCUACACCUGCGACUGCAGUCAUAGAGAGGAGGUGUACAGAGUGGCAGACCAGGUCAAACGGGAGGUUGGUGAUGUCACUAUUUUGGUGAACAAUGCCGGCAUCGUCACAGGCAAGAAGUUCCUGCAGUCUCCGGAUACUCUCUUACAGAAGACAAUGGAGGUCAACACCAUGGCCCACUUCUGGAUGUACAAGGCAUUUCUCCCAGCAAUGAUUGCUGGAAACCACGGUCAUCUGGUCAGUAUCGCUAGCUCUGCUGGACUUGUUGGAGUCAGUGGACUGGCAGAUUACUGUGCGAGUAAGUUUGCAGCAGUUGGCUUUGCAGAGUCUGUAGGUUUGGAGCUGCUGGCUGCAGGCUGUGAUGGAGUGAAGACCACCAUAGUUUGCCCCUUCUUUAUCAACACUGGAAUGUUUGAUGGAGCCAACACAAAGUGGCCCCGAUUGAUGCCCAUUCUGGAGCCGGAAUAUGUGUGUAGAAAGAUUGUGGAUGCUGUUAGAAGAGAUCAGGUCUUACUGUGUCUUCCCCGCAGCAUAUAUCUUCUGAUCGCUCUGAAGAAUAUUCUGCCUGUUAAACUGGGAUUGCUCUUGGGUGCAUAUAUGGGAACAUUUGACUUCAUGGCCAAGUUCAAUGGUCGCAAGAAGAGCGACUGAGUUUGCCAACAGAAGACUGAGAUUCUGAAGAGACUGGCAUCUGCUGCUGUAAGCAGUGUGAAGAUGAAGUGUAUAAGAGGAAUAAUAAAGCUAUGGACAAUUACCGUUUUAACUAUGCAAGUCAUUAGCAAACAAGGGCAUUCCAUUAUAACUGUUCUCAAAAGCACUUAGUCAUUUUACUGUACAACUUGAGUUCUCUAGGCUAUGUCUAUUUAACGAUUUAAUGAUAUAGCUCAUGUGUUACUGGAUAUUACUUUAGCAUGUGCAGCCAUUAUGUCAAUGCUAUAACAGUAGCGCAAGUCUUUACAUAGAUAGAAUAAAGCUGUCUGCAUUUUAAGAAAAUACUCAUAUAUAAAAUGUUUCAUUUUGUAAAGCAAAGCAAGCGCUGUUUACAACUGUGUUAUGGCUUAUGAAAGAUGUAUACUACUUGCAUGAAUAUGCCUUGACUGAACCCUUUAAUAGCUCUUAUAAAAACGAUGCCUUUAAAUACUAAAUUUGAUCUUCACUUUAAAAAAUGAGGUUUAAAAAAAGAAGUUUACAGAAUAAAACACCUCUUAUAAAACCCACUAAUGCAAGACUGAUGUGAACAAGACUGAAAUGCAUUAGUUUGAUGUUGUGCCUUCAUUGCAUGAGAUUCCUAUUUGGAUAUUUAUAGAGUGCUUAUUUUAAUUUGCCUUUACACUAAUUCUCAUCACCCAGUAUAAAAUGCCACUGAUCUUUUUUUUUUGAUGGUGUAACUCCUCUAUACCAAGCAAUAUAACUGCGUUUCACUGUACAGACACUCGGGCUUGUGAUGAAUUACAGGUCUUUGAAGAAUAGUUACUUGAAACAGCUGAAAAAGGAGCACUUCAAUCAAAUCUCCCUCAAUCCUCUAUUAUGAUAACACAACAUUGCUCCGUAUUAUAUCAUCAUAACCUAUAGCUGUUUAAAAGCUAUUUUAGUGAUUGCUCAUUUUUAGCAAUGACCAUUUGCUCACACUGUGAAAUGUUUUAGUAUCAAUGUGAGGGCAGAUGGUUUUGCAGUGGCUUCAAGUCUGAACAACAUCAGAGUAUUAACAAAAAUGUGCUUUUUUCAGCUCUUCCAAGAAAUUAAUGUAAUUAAUAAUGACUUUUAAUAAUGACUUUUGUAGUACUGACAAUGUAUACUAGAAUCAGUGUUUUCAACCAUGCAAAAUUAAUCUGGCAAGAGAUACAGGUAUAAAAUGAUACUAAUAUUUUAGUUCUGUGCAAUGUCACAUAAGCAGGAGGACAAAAGGAAGCUGUCAAUAAAAAUAUAGGCAGAAUGAUAAAUGCAGCUAUAGAAGAGUCGAAACUGACUGAGAAAUCUGUGCAGCAUUAAGAUUUAUAAUAAAAUGAAUAUAAAUAA